AUGACUUUUUUUACCACGAAUAAUCCAAUUCAAAAGGAUCUAAAGGAAGCGAGCGAACAACUUCAACAGCAAAUCUCGAAUGCCUCAAAUUAUCAAUUAUCUCAAGUCAAUCAAUCAAUUUCGCAAGUCAGUGCUGGAAUGAUCAAAGUGCAAAAAUCUCUUGAGGUGACUAAACCACCCGAAACGCGAGGCAAUAUAAAAUCACUAGAAAGAGAAUUAAAAUCCUUUAAAGAACAUGCAAUGAAAUUCGAUUCCAGUUUUGUUCCCUUAGUUACUUUACCUAAAGAAGAGUGGCCUUCUGCUAAAUAUGUAGCUAAAUAA